AGAGCAGCAUCAGGGCACUUCUGAUUCACAAACUUAACAACCCAGAUGUCUCUCCCUGCUGAUUUCCCUGGCCCAAACUGCCAAGGAAAGCAGACUACAGCCAACACCCUCAGAGGAAGGAACCUCCAGGCAGAUAAAGGUUGGCUUGAAACAGAAGCCAACAAUAUUCCUGGGCCUAAUCAAAGACUUUUUUCACUACUUUUUACAGUCAUUUUCUUUGUACUUCUGGCACCAUCUUUGUUAGGAAGAUUUAUUGUCUGCUUUUUAAAAUUUAUCAGUUUGGAACAGCCACCAGAUGAAGGGAUCUCUUAAAUCACUCUGUAAGGGGAGAGUGUGAACAUGUGUCUUACAGUCAGAGCUUUAAACUCUCUCACUCUGGAAAACCUCUUACAAACAUCAACAAUGAGAGGAACAUUUUUGAGACAGUUAUACUCAAGACAUGCUGUUAACAAGGUGCUCCAUAUUUUGAAGUUAUUGAAUUACAAUUAUUCAAAUUAACUGUAUCCAUUAAAGACUAAAAAGGAGAUUGCUUUAAUUAUAUGAGAAAUUAAGAGAGUAACAGAUUUAUCUGUUGAUUGUUAAUCUCUGACAAAAUAAAGGUUUCAGACAAGAAGAAUGUUAAACAUUGCUAUUAUAGUUACCACUCUAAUUUCUUUUAGAAAGAUCUAUUUACUUAACUAUUUAAGUUACAAAUCCAAGCAACUGUUGCAUCAUCUUACAGGACUGGGAUCGCUGUGGAAUAUCAGGGCAGGAUAAUAGGAUAGAUAAAAGUUCUCUGAAAGAGAAAGCACCAGAACCAGCAGCAAGGUGGGGUUGGUCAGCCCUUCAUUUGAAUGUAAAUGUAAUUAUGAGGCAGGCAGUUGGGCUGACGUCAGACAAGAUCUUGGUAAACCAUUACCACCAGCACCUGGUAACACAGUUGAUAAUAAAAGAGGAUGAAGUAGGAGAUUCCAAGCAGAGUGGCAUUACUAGAGAAAACCCAACACAAAUAUUUUUGGGCAGUAAAAGAAGACAUUGAGGAACAAGAUGUUGUGACGCUGUGUUUACAGUCCGGGACAGCCAUGUACGUGAGCUCGCUCUUGGAGAAGGAGCCCAGCAUGUACCCAGGAUCUGCCAGGGCCAGCAACAACCUGCCCGUGCAAAACUUCGUGUCUGCUCCAGCCUACUCUGACUACAUGGGAUACCACCCUGUGCCAGCCCUGGACACCCACGGGCAGCCAGCACCGGCCUGGGGCUCCCACUACGGCCCCCAGCGCGAGGACUGGAGCGCCUACGGCCCAGGCCCUUCCAGCGCCGUGCCCGCUGCCCACAUCAAUGGCUCGUCCCCCGGGCAGGGCUCCUACAGCUCUGCUGAUUACAGCUCCCUGCACCCCACUGCUGCUGCUGCUGCUGCUGCUGCGGGGUUACCUCCUGUAGAUACAAUUAAUGCCCAGCAGCAAAUCUCUCCCAACAGCCAAAGGCACAACUCUUAUGAGUGGAUGAGGAAAACGGUGCAAACCAACACUGCUGGUAAAACAAGAACAAAAGAAAAGUACCGGGUUGUUUACACAGAUCACCAGAGGCUGGAAUUAGAGAAGGAAUUUCACUGCAACAGAUACAUUACAAUCAGGAGGAAGUCAGAACUCGCAGCAAACCUGGGACUCUCUGAAAGACAGGUGAAAAUCUGGUUCCAGAAUCGCCGAGCGAAAGAGAGAAAAAUGAUCAAGAAGAAAAUCUCGCAGUUUGAUGGCAGCGGGGGCUCAGCUCAGAGUGAUUCUGGUUCACUCAGUCCAAAUGAACUGUCAAAUUCUCUCUUCCCACCACCACAUGGAAUAAAUGGAUUACAGCCUAAUGACAUUCAUCAAGUCAUGGUUUCAGAAUGAACAGAGGGGAAAAAAACAAAACAGGAAAAAAGAAAAAACAAGAAUGGAUUCACCAUUGCCAUCCCUCACCUUGGAAACUCAACUUUUCAAGGGACCAUUUUCAUUUAUCUGCCUUCAGAGCGCUGAUCUCUAAGCAGGAAAUCUGAACCUAUAACCAAAAUACUUUAAUUAUUGAAAAAAAUCUCAGGGACUUUGUGCUGCUAAGAUUCAUCUCUCGGGAUCUUUGCUAGCAGGUAAUUUGCUUCAGACACUGACACAAAGAAUGAUACAGCUGAAGAUUCAGUACAGGUAGUUCUAGUCUGAUCACACAUAUACACAGAAAACUAAGAGAACUGAUUAUAAAAGAGAGUACUAUUGCAGAAAAUAUAAUAAUCUGGGUGUGUUUGGUUUGUUCCAUUUAUAUUAUUAGAGGAAACCAUAGAUGUUAAUAAAUAUUUACAAUUAAAUGGACUGAAAAGAAUGCUACUUUUUGAAAACAGCAAAACCAUUUAAAACACUUUGAAAUGCUCAAGGGACAUAAUAAUGUUGCUAAACCAACAUAGUGCAUUUAAUUAAAUAACGCAGAUCAUCUCUGCCCUAUGGAAUUGUAUUCAAGCAAUAGUUACAGAUGCAGAAUAUACCAAACCUGCCAAGAUUUGUUCCACUGUAAGAAUUUCUCACAUACAUUAGGAAAUGCCAGAUAAUUUGGAAGAUAAGUAUUACCUCAAUCUUCUAGGACUGCACAUAUUAUUGCUCAAAAAUUCAAGCACAAAUGGAAUGGAAACAGAACUGUUACUACAAACAAACCACCAAAAAAGCAAAUAAAGAAUUUACUUGACAUCUUUAAACAUGUGAAGUGAAACAGGAGCAGUCUCAGGCCAUUGAUUUUAUCCCUGACACUUUUUUGGGGCUGAAGGCAACAACUCUCCCAAAGUAGCUGAGAGGGUAUUUUGAAGCUGUCACCUGCAACUGAGCAACCACAAAAGAAAUGUUCACUUCAUGGGCACUCCUGGAAAAGCCCAAAUUAAGGACAUGAUCACAGUGGGGUUUGCUUUAAUUACUGUUCCAUGUUGGCAGGUGAGAAGGUAGCAAUGGUAUCUACAAGACAAGCGAUGAGUCUGGAAAAAGCAGAAAGAAAACCCAAAGCACUAAAAAAAUCCCCAAGCUCUUCAGUAGUACUAGUCUUUGGAAUUUCUUAAUAUGACCUUUUUGCUAGUAUACAAGUGAACAGCUCUAUUGGGAAAAUUUAAUAUUCCUGAAAAUGUCAAGGGGAGCAAAGGUAAUAAAAAGGGGAAAAAAGCAGAACAGGAACAGAAAACAGCAUUAUGAAAAUCAUGCAUCACUUAUUUCAGCAACAUCAAACCCUUGCUCUCAGAAACAGCAGAAUAAAUUCUGCUUUCCUUUGUGUCAGUGAGCACUGAUAAUGCACUGAACAUCACGGACAGAACCUGUCAAAGCUCUCAUCAUCUGGAUUCAAAACACUGGAUAACAAAGUUGAGGAUAUGCCUGACUAUUCCCCAUUUAUUUUAAAAUAACUGUUAGAGUAACUCCAUGAAAGCAAUUCUGUUGGAAGUUCCAAGAAUAACACUCAUCAGAACUAAAUUGUGAAUGACAUCUUUGUAGACGUAAAUGUCUCAAACAAAACUAGGAAAAAAUCCUGUAACACAGAUUAAGAUUACCCACUGUAAACAUUCUGUGAGUGGUUCCCAAAUAUAUUUCCUAGUUCUAUCAUAUGGUUCAAAGAAAUGGGUGUAUUCUAAUGCAAACAAAGUGUAUACAGAAAAUCUUGCGUAUAUAAAUAGAUAUAAAACUCAGCCUGAUGAGAAACUGAGACCACAUCUGCCUGGCUUUAACUCAGGAUCUCCUAAAUCCGCUUGCUGAUGUUCUGGUGGGAUCACAGGGACGUUUUAGGAGCCAGAGCACGUUGUGGAACAUGCACACACAGAGCUGGUUCUGUUCAGAUUCACUGAAAUGCACAAGUGACACACACAUGCCUUUUUUCUCUGCUCUUCAGUCAAAUAAAUCCAGAUUUUUUCCUUGUGAGAGAGGAAGUUUCCCCAGUUCCACCAGCCCCUCUACCUGGGCUGUCCUUAUAUACAUGAAGGAUGUCGAAAAUAAAAUAAUCUCUCAGGAAACUCAGACUUUAGAUAUACAAGAAGAAAGGGAAGUGAACCUUUACCUCAAAUCAGCAGAAGAGCCAUUUCUAUGGAAACCAGGAGAGGGCUUUUGUGAGGCUUAGCAGUGGCACAGAAAUGGAGAGAGAGAAAACUUCUAGUCUGCAGAUUUUUUUUUUCUCUGAUUAAUUUUCUUAUCAACAAGGAGAAAUGGCAAGUACAGCUAUAACACACAAUAUACCAUUCAUUAUAUUUGUGUAUUAGAAAUGCAUUGCUUCAGAUUUCCCUUCUCAUUUAUGGCAAAAUUGGAAUAAAACACAGUUAUUUACCAGCUUCACAUUCAACAUAUUCCAAUCAUCAUCUUGCAGAUUCUAACCAAGCAGUCAGGAAACACCACCCUGCCCUGACAAACUGCUCAGAGGAGCCACUGAAGCCACUGACUGCACUCAGAACAACCACAGUUGACAAAGGAAUCACUUUAAAUAAGCCCAUUUCAGAUGUUGUUAGAGUUGGAAUGGGAUACAAAGCACCCCCUCUGGCAUGUUUAAUAUCACUCUUGUCAAUAAAAACUGUUUUUCUUUUUCA